UUAAAAUUUAUUUAAGUGUGUAUUUUUUAUUAUCCCAAAUUGAUUUCAGGGCAAAUUUGCACUCAUAUUUUAUGCGGCACUUCCAAGACGACUGCUCGCUCUACCCACACAUGCACAGCCGAGCCGCCUUUGCCGUUGUAUUGGUGGCACACUCGUAUGUCUGUGUCGGUAGUGGUGGGCGCUUCCGCUUGCAGCUUUCCGAGUCACCCGCACACAACCAAAGCGCACCAAUACAGCGGAGCGGCUUGCCAAGCCGGGCCACUUCGAGUAGCGAGCUUUCGAGAGAGCGAUUCGAUGCGAUGGCUUCGAAAAGCUUUUGGUAACCGCUCGACGGCUGGGACUUGGCUGCGUUUUCAGUUUCGUUUUGACACAAAACCUCUUUGGGGGUAUAAAAGCGCGCCACUGACCACAGACAGCAUCCAGUCAGAGGUUUGGAAUCGCUUGGGAUUCUACAAUCCUUACACAGUAUAUUUCGAUAGUAUUUCUGCGCUACUUCCUUGGCAAGUCCCAACACUCUCCACUAUGAAAGUUUUCAUCUGCCUAGCCGCUCUGCUGGUGGCAUCCGCCUGCGCCAGUAAAACCGAAGGCGAGAAGGUGCCUCUGGAGAAGAAACUGGACAAGCGCGGCCUGCUCGACCUGGGAUACGGCUACGGACACGCCGGUCUGGAUGUCGGCUAUCUGGGACACGGUUCCGUUGCCGGACAUGGCUAUGGCCAUGGCUAUGGACUGACUGGACACUCUGCUCCCGCCGCCAUUGCCGUGGGACACAGCGGCCCCGCCUACUCCAUUGGACACAGCGGCCCCGCUGUUGCCGUCCACCACGCCCCCGCUCCUUAUGUGAUCAGCAAGCAGGCCGAUGUGCACAAGACCAUCACUAUCACCAAGGGCAUCCCAGUACCAGUGCACGUGGACCGCCCCUAUCCUGUUGUGCACGAGAAGCGCGUGCCUGUCGAAGUCAAGGUUCCCGUGCCUCAGCCCUACGAAGUGAUCCGAAAGGUGCCAGUCACCGUCAAGGAGUACGUUAAGGUCCCUGUUCCGGUGCCCCAGCCCUACGAGGUUAUCCGCCACGAGAAAUACCCUGUCCAUGUGCCAGUCGAUCGUCCAGUUCCCGUUGAGGUGCCAAGGCCGUACCCCGUUCCAGUGGCCAAGCCCUAUCCGGUGUACGUGGAGAAGGCCGUCAAGGUGGCCGUUCCCGUCCAGGUCGACCGCCCGUACCCAGUUUACGUGAAGGUGCCUGUCGUCUCCCACUCCGUGGUGAAGCACGCCCCCACCGUUGCAGUCAGCAGCUAUCCCGUGCACGGCUAUCCCGUCAGCAGCUACCCAGCGAGCAGCUACGGCCACGACGCCUCCGUCUACGCCGACCACUCUGGCUACCACAAAUAAGCGGAUUCCGGGCGACCGAGCGAUCCAUUGGAGCAAGCGGACCUUCAAGAAAUGAGCGGAAGGAAAUUUAGCCACAUUUUCAAUUAAAUUCUACUCUCACACGGUCUCUGCUCCCACACCCACUCCAACUGUCUGCCCCCGCAAAACACAACAAAACAAACCCUAGGAAGAUGCACUUCCGCCCUGCCACUCUCUGUAGCUUUUAAGAACCCAGGACGAACAAAAAUGCCUUUUGUAAAUUAUUUCCAAUCCAGCCAUCCAAUGGAAACAGUUGUGUUGGAUGAGUGUCCCGUUUAGGGUAAACAGCAGCUAAAUGUUCGUAAAUUCCCAUAUUUAUGGACAUUUUAGCUGUCACGUUUAUCAGUGAAAGGUUACAACGCACAAUGAAUUGAAUAGACAGCUACUGAAAUACAUAUGUGACAAUCGUUUAAGGAUAAAUAAAAUAAAUCGUAUAAAAUACUA